CCAAAUUGGCAACAAAAUCUGGUUGUCAAUACAUGAUUGGAAAACAUUCAACUAGUUUUUUCGUAAUGAAAAUUAUAUUCUAACCAUGAAAUAAAAAUUAAUGUUAUCAGAAAAAUGGCAGAAAAAAAAUCUAUUUUACAUGAAUUAUAUGUCUUUUCGGAAUGGAAGCCUGAGCCUGAAUAUAUACAAAAAACCGACACUUUGUUGCCCGAAAAUAUAUCAAGUAUUUGGCGGUGGCUUAAGUUUUUUGGGCUAAAAAAAAGCCUUAUAGACAGUGUAACCGCCCAUAAGGAGAAGCAACAAAAAUGGCAUAUGGCACUAGGAGAUGAAGGGAAGGUGUUGGCCAUCCUCACAGAUAACAUACUGGAAAUAAGGACAAAACGUUCUGAAUAUGCCACAAUCGGCGCUAGGACCACAGUGGCUCGUGAUCCUUAUCCGCAAUGGAGAAAGCUUGUGUGGAGUCCGGACUGCACAUUCCUCGUGGUGGCCUAUGGCAAUGGCAUUGUUAACUUUUUUGAUCUCACAGCUUCUAAUCUAUUCUAUAUACCCGCUGACUGUUCCCGGCCCGGAGGUCUAGAAUGUUCGGACAACACGCAUGCGGUCUCCGACGUGAUAUUCAUGCCUCUCAGAGUGAAAGACACUAAGUGGAACUGGGAGGUGUUGGUGGUAACCUUCGACGGUCGUCUCCGAGGGUACCUGGUAUCCGCCUCCGAGGGUUUCAAGCUACAUCACACGUUCUCGUUCCCGGGGGGUGUGGCGGCCGCCGUCUUCUGUCCGGCUCAUGGGGUGCUGUAUGUAGCUGGACCUCCUGCACCAGCAAGGAAGGAGUCGUGGUGCGCGAGCAGUGCCGGCCUGUCCGCGUGGCGCGUGCUGCUGGACGAGCCGUUCUAUAAGCUGUCCGUGGUGUCGAGCGAGCUGCACGACAAGCUGGCCGCUGACUCCUGGAACUACCUGCCGCUGCUGUUCAAUAACAACCUGGACUUCAUAGUGCGCAUGUCGCUGUCGCCGGACAAUCAGUCGCUGGUGUGUGUUCACUCCUCGGGCGAGUUGUCUCUGUGGCGCCUGCCGGUGCUGUCUCCGCUGCGGCGCUUCGCCCUCGCCGCUCAGCCGGGACACGCGCUCCCCCACCCCCGACGGGGCGCCGCCCUCGACCCCACCACCAGCCACCCCGCUGACGUCACCUGGUGGAGCAAUGAGGAAAUCAUUCUAUCCAGGUUCAGUGGGGCGGUGUCGGUGUGCGGGCUCGAGGACAUGGUCAACAUCCUCGGCAAGGGGCCAGAGUUCUUCGAGGGAACACCUCAGGUGGCGUGUGCCCACGACGGCUCCCUCCUGGCGUUGGAGUGCGAGUCCAGCACGGUGCCUCACAAACACCAGAACUCCGAAGUGUCAAAAGAUGAAACGGAAUCCGAGGAUUCAGUGUUGGAAGUCACCAAGGAGUUGUUGAAGUCGGUGUUGUACGCCAUCACUGACAUAGAGGCCCUGCAACCCAAGCCCAAGAGAAUAACCGUGGUGUCCAGGAUAUACAGACUGCUGGCCAUCAAGAGCACCACUCCCACUGAACUGUUCUCGCGAAAGAUAGAGAGCGGCAAGUAUAACGAGGCGCUGGCCCUCGCGGCGACCUUCGACCUGGACCGCGACCUCGUGUACCAACAGCAGUGGAGGAGGAACCCCGUCUCCACGGACGCCAUACACAAUUACCUGAGCAAGGUGUCCAAGAAGAUCUGGGUGGUGCACCAGUGCGUGGACCGCCUCCCGGAGAGCGCCUCGGCCGCCCGCUACCUGCUAGACUUCGGACUGGAACUCACCAACAUGCAUAUACUAGAAGAGAUCAACAAAGACCUCCCUGAUGAUGAGCAGUGCCAGGACGUGGAGGACAUCACCCUGGGACAUCUGAACGCUUACACCAGCGAGCUCUUGCGAUGCAGGCACGUCAUGUUGUUCUACCAAGAAAGACUGCAGCUGUACGAGGCAAUUAUUCGUUGCGAGAAAUCCACUUACGUCAAGGAUGAGUACGACCGGCUGAGGAGCAACAGCAUAGUACACAGCGCCAUGGAAAUAGCCAAAGAAGGUCGCACGGAGGCUCUCACCUGUCUCUGGCCGUACAUCAGGAGUCUGCCAAUGCAGCAGGAAGUGUUGGACAUGAUACCGGAGACGCUGUACCCUCUGGACUACCAACACCUGCUACCUACCAAGGAACCGCUCACCUGGUUCGAAAAGAAAUCUCCCAUUAAGAUCAAACCCUCGGAGAACGAUAACGAUUGGUGCAAAAAAGAUAUAUUCAGAUCAAUAUGGAGCUCGAACUGGUCGGAGGACAGUUCACCGGAGAGCGAGACGGCGAGUCGUAUAGACGGUGACCUUGCCAAGUGGUACGAGAAAAGGGCGAGGGUCAUCGAGGGUCGCUGCGGGCUGGUGUCCCACGCCCUCACACUGGUCACCAUAGCGACCGUGGGGGGUGCCGUUGAAGGCCUGGAGAAUAUCAUGUUCCACCUCCUGACAUUGGACACGCUGAUAUAUGACAUCAACGUAGAAGGUGUCACCCUGGAACAGCUGGAGAAGAUGUCCUACUUGGAUACCUGCAAACUCCUCAUGAAGAUGUCCAAACCAGCCACGUUCGUGUCGGAUCUAAAAGAGUACGUGAUACCGUUUCUGAAGCGCUACGAAAACCUGACCAAACGGAACGGCGUCUGCCUGACCGGUAUGAUGGAGUUCCUGGAGAGCACCAGCGUCGAAGACCUCUCCUACAUACUGCUGGUGUUGCAGUCCCCCCGCGAGUUCGAGCUGGACGUGCAGACACACCUGGAGCUGGUGGAGCGCUGUCUGUACGCGCACACCGGCACCGACCAGCUGCACAUGGCCUGCGACCUGCUGGCCACGAUACUCAAGGAAACCGAUGGUAGCAUCUCCCGGUCGUCGCUGGUGCGGCGUGCGUCGGAGUUGGAGCGAGUGGUGGCGGGGAGCGGGCGCCUGGCCUGGCGGGGUCUCAAGGUGCCCCCCGCCGCGCUCAGAGACCUCCACUCGGACCCCCCGCGGGCACACACCCUGCUCGCACGACUUGCGAGGUCCUUACACGAUAGGGAGGACAAACCGACCCAGCAGGACUGGGAGAACCUGCUCAAGGAUAUCCUGGAGCUGCGCGAGUCCUUAUUGGAGUGUAUCACUGAGGAGCAGUGCUACGAGGCCUACGCCUCGGCCUUGUUGACGUGCGGGGUCGAGGAGGGCAUCCGGCUGGGGCCCUCGGUGUUGUCCGUGUCGGCGGACCGGAGCUCCCCCCGCCGACAGGUGGACGCCGCGCGUACGGUGCAGCUCGUCAUGGACGCCGCGAGGGAAUAUUUCAAUUCAGCCUCCAGUCUGACAGACCCGGCGCUGGAGCUGGCUAAGUGCUGUUUGUUACUGAUAGAGGACGGCAACAAAGAUAUAGAGGAGGAGCUGGAUCUCAUCUCAGCUCUCCCUCUACUCGGCGCCUUCAACCUCACACUGCUGCCCAUCCAAGUGCGACUCUGCGAGGAUAGAAUGAAGUUGAUUCAGGACUGUCUCAACCUGGACCCGAACGCCUACCUGGCGAGCCAUAAGCUGCUGAAGCUGGCUAAGUUGUUGAGAAUCGCCGGAGACGACGAGCAGACCAGGGAGGGGCUGGUGCUGGUGGAGGUGGGUCGCAAGGCGCUGUCGGCGGGCGCGGCGGGCGGCGGCGCGGCCAGCACGGCCGCCCGCAGACUGGCCGCGCUGAGACACCGACCCGCCGCGCCGCUGCUGGCUGACGUGGCGGGUGAUGCACACUCGCAUGCAGACACGGCUGAGAGGAGGUACCUGCUGGCCGCCGCCCUCACACACGACACUCCGGCUCGCCUGCACCAGCUGCUGAAACACAGAAUGAACCUGGAGCUGGAAAGUUUCCAGCAGAUGGGAGCAGCUGCCAGAGAGAACAGACGGCUGGAGGCGAGGUGGCCGUCCACCGACGAUGAGUUCUCAGAUGCCAUCACUACGCCCGUCAUCGAGGCUAAGGACCUGGUGCCGGCGGCAGAGAAAAAAAUACCUCUGCUGAAUUACUUCCUGGAGACGUUCCAGAACAAAAGCGCAGCAGAGAGCGAGAAGUGUUCAGAGAGCAGCGAGCGUUCCGUGCUGUGCCAGGAGUUCUACCGCGACCUCUACCCUCAGCACGAGGGCUCCCCCCACUACUACCGAUACGACUGCUUCUCGGUCCCGGACGACCUCGCCGAGCCGGGACAGGCCGCGCUCAAGUGGUUCUACAUGAAGAGCUGCAUGGAGGGAGGGGAUGUGGACCAGCUGGAGGCGGAAGUGGUGAGCAAAUGCGGCGAGGAGCUGGUAGUGAAGGACACGCCCCUGAGCGUGUCGUGCCUGGUGCUAGGCGCUCGCAAGGGCCGCGCCUCCGGCUCCAGGGCGGCGCUGGUGGCCGCCAUGUACGCCGCCCUGCUGCACUGUAACGACCCUCACUUCAGGGACGCCGCCUACCGCACCAGACCCGCCAAGAUGGCGUGCUCCACACUGACGCAGAAUGACGCGUCAGAUCAGCAGAGCGCCAUCAUCAGGCAGUACAUCGACCGGCUGAGCGGAGUGGGGGAGGUGGAAAAGAUAAGGGGCUACGGAGUCACAGUCAACGGGGUCAUGUUCCAGGCGGACGCGGACUACCGCACCGAGGUCAUAUACAGGCUGGCCAAGUCGGGUAAAGAACAGGCGAAGUUAGCUUGUUAUCUAGCUCAAAAGCACGGCCUGGACGCUCUGGAGGUUUGGCUGCAGUACGCUGGAACUGCUGUAGGUGACCUGGACACGGAAAUAUUACCGCCGGUGGGAGACGACGCUGCUCAGAGGAUAUCUGAAUACCUGUGGCCCCUGAUCCCGGGGACAGACCACUCGGCCCUCAUACACUUCUUCAAUGUGUUGAAGAAGGUGGACGAGAAGCUGGUGCUGCACGGCCUGUCGUCCGCGGAACACGUCAAGCUGCUGAAGAAAACUAGAGCCGCCUCCAAAGAGCUGGACUACAAGUUGCUGGUGAGUGCUCCGGCCGGCGACCAGUUGUGUUCGCACGUGGUGUCGGUGUCCCGACCCGACACAGUGGGUCUGGUGUCGAAGCUGCUCCGCUCGCUGCCCGCUCCGCUCCGCUCCCCGCUGCCGCCUCACACCCUGUACACCGCCUGGCUCACCAAGUACUUCUUCAGCGUGGGCGAGUCGACCGUGAGCAGUAAGAAAUGGAUGCAGCAGUGGCGGCAGUGCGCGAGCUACUUCAACAAGCUGUCCAGCGACGAGCUGCUGAAGUUCGUCUCCAACACCUGCUUCACGGAGGAAGCCAUACGGAGGGUCCCGGCCGCGACUCGCAGCCUCAUGAUCAUGCAAGCCGUCGACUACUGCCAGCAGGAACAAGAGAACGAAAUGAAAUUUACCAAGAACGAGCAGGGUUGGUCUGAGACGGGCCAGGAGCUGAGCCGCUGGGGGCGCUUCCUCGAUAACUACCACUCGGACAGCGUGUCUUCUCUGAGGACCAUCAGCGAACAGAACGACGUGUGGCCGGCCCUGGAGCUGAGCCGCGGCGAGGCGGGGCCGGCGCUGGAGGCGCUGUCGACCCUGUGCACGGGCGGUCUGCGAGCGUCCGCCCUCACCUCCCUGCUGCGGUGUCUCGGCCUGCCCUACGACGAGCCCGCCGUGCUUCAACACGCGCUCACCAGGAUACGGCACAAGGAAGACAUCCAGAGCGUGGUGGCGCGCGUCAUCCAGUACCACAAGGACGGCAUCAAGUUCAGCGAGGACUUCAUAGAGGAGGUGCUGCAGGUGGCCGGCCAGCUGAGUCUGGAGCCGCACAAGCUGCUGGGCGUGUUGGCGAUCAGCCGCCGCGCCCGCCUCCGGGACGAACACGACUUGGCGAACAUAGCGCGCUCCUCCGCCGACCUCUUCAAGACCGAGUGGCCGGACUCCGAGUACGCCAAGGGACUGACCGAGGAAAAGCUGAUGACCGCGGAGGGUCGCGAGGAGGCGUACCUGGCGCUGGCGGCGGACGGCGACACCUGGCCGAGGAAGAAGGCUCUCGUUGAUGCUCUGGCCUGCUGGCCGCGGACACCUCUUGCUGGCGGUAUGAGCGCCCAGGGCUCCCUGGCACAGAAACUCUGCCUGGAGCCGCCGCGGGAGGCGCGUAUGCUGCUGCAACUGCUGCUGAGGAGGCCGAUGAUUACCGACGAGGAGCUAAAGAUCAUAGCCACCGAGGCCUGUGAAGACGCCGCGCUAAACACGGUCUGGGUCAUACUGCUCAGUAAAUGUGAAUGUGCGGUGGACCUGUUAGUACAGUUCGUGGACAAACAUAAGGAGAUAAUUAAAAAUGAGAAUAUAAACGACGACUUGAUCAGGGAGCUCCUGGAUCAGGGGAUGUUUAUUAAAAUGGUGUGCAAUCCUCUGUAUUCGUUUAUCAUCAACUACAUCAUCAGAAGAAAUAUGAGUGAGGGCAGCGGCGGCUACUCCGUGACGUGGGCCACCAACGAACUCAUCAAAGCCAACUACUUGGCGGAGGCCGGCCACCUGCACCUGCUGGCCUCGGGCGUGCCGACGGGCCUGCGGGGCUUCACGCAGACGGUGUUGCAAUACACUAAUAACUUUCAUUGAAUAUCGUAGCCCCUUGAGUGUAAUCAAUGUGUCUUUGACGUAUUAACUUAUUAAAUUAUUUCAUUUAUUCCA